AUGAGAUUCCGAGUCCGCGGGCCUGCUGGUCAGUCCACCGUCGCACUCGAUGACUCGGCCACUGUCAACGAGCUUCGAAUUCAGAUUGCAGAAAAGACUGGACUUUUGAACUAUGACGUGAAAUAUGGGUAUCCAAACCCCAAGCCUCUCGAGAUCGACCGAUUUGAGCCAAGCCAGAUGAUCAGGGAAAUGGGGAUCAAUCUGAAUGGUGAACAGCUCAUUAUCACCAAGAGAGAGGGCCCUGAUGACAGUCUCCAGAUCCAAGCACCUACUGUGAUAACAAAGAUGCAUAUUCCCACGUCUCAGCAAGCGCCGGGUAUACUGUCUCUGUCCCGCAAGGACCAUAAAAGCGUGUCGGACGAUCCUCCUGAGAUACCGUCGCCCGAGCACUCCGGCACUUUUGUUUUGCGCAUCAUGCCCGACGAUAAUUCUUGUCUUUUCCGCGCAGUCGGCAGCGCUCUCAUUGGAGGCAUGGACACCAUGACUGAAUUGCGAUCUGUGGUUGCACAAACUAUACAGGAAAACCCGGAGACAUAUUCAGAGGCCGUUCUCGAUAAAAAGCCGGACGACUAUUGCCGCUGGAUCCAGAACGAGAACUCUUGGGGCGGUGGUAUUGAAAUCAGCAUUUUGAGCAAGCAUUUUGAUAUCGAAAUCUGCUCGAUUGAUGUGCAGACACUUCGUGUGGAUAAAUUCAAUGAAGGACCGCCCACGCGAUGCGUUCUUGUGUACUCGGGAAUCCACUAUGAUACAAUCGCAUUGUCGCCAUCUGACCCUCCUUUUACGCAUGCUUAUGCUCCCCCCGAGUUCGAUACAAAGAUAUUCGACGCAGCAGACCCACUGGUUCUUGAGAAAUCUCUAGAGCUGUGCAAGAUAUUGCAAACCAAGCAUUAUUUUACGGACACGACCGGGUUCCGCAUUCGAUGCAAUACCUGUGGCGGCACCUUUAUCGGGGAGAAAGGUGCUACCCAUCAUGCAGCGCAAACCGGCCAUUAUGAUUUCGGUGAAGCCGGUUAG